AUGACGGCCAAGCCUCCCUUCAAAGUGAUCAUAGUGGGCGGAUCGAUCGCCGGUCUCACGCUGGCCCACUGCCUCAGCAAAGCAGGUAUCGACUACAUCGUUCUCGAAAAACGCAAGCAUAUUGCACCGCAAGAGGGCGCGUCUAUCGGUAUUUUACCCCAUGGGGGCCGGAUUUUAGAGCAGUUGGGGCUGUUCUAUCUGGUUGAGGAGCAGAUCGAACCAUUGCACACGGCGCACCAAUACUUCCCUGAUGGCUUUGCGCAUACCACCAAGGCCCCACAGGUUAUUUAUGAGCGGUUUGGUUUACCUCUGGCCUUUCUAGAGCGGAGACGGAUGCUCCGGGCGCUCUAUGAUACACUUCCGGAUUCGUCCCAAGUCCUGGUAAACAAGGCAGUCACUUCCGUGGAGCGGGAGGUUUCCGACCUGAUGAGAGUCACGACUUACGAUGGAAGUGUGUAUCGUGGCAAUCUGGUUGUCGGCGCGGAUGGCGUGCACAGUCGAGUGCGGGCCGAAAUGUGGCGGCUGGCCACGUCGCAAAGUCCUGGUGUAUUCCCUGAGCAUGAAAUGAGCGCGAUGGCGGUCGAGUAUGCCUGCAUUUUUGGGAUCUCGUCUUCGGUCCCCAAGCUGCAACCAGGCGAGCAAGUAGCCAGCUUCAACAAUGGUAGAUCGUACCUCACCUUUCCCGGGAAGAAUGGUAGAGUCUUUUGGUUCCUCCUACUGAAGCUCGAUCGGAAAUACUCGUACUCCAAUGCUCCGCGGUUUUCCUCCACAGAUGCCGAGAAGAGAGCUGAGCGGUUUGCCGAUGACCACAUCUGGGCUGGAGUGAAUUUCCGAGACCUAUGGAAGAGUAAAGAGGUGUUCUCCUUUGUGAACCUUGAAGAGUAUCUGUUUCAACAAUGGCAUUGGGAACGAAUUGUUUGCAUUGGUGACAGCAUGCACAAGAUGACCCCAAAUACUGGCCAAGGGGCCAACUGCGCCAUCGAAGACGCGGCAGCGCUUGUGAAUCGCCUUCACCGGGCUCUAAAAGCAACGCCCGAUGGUUCUAGCUUAUCAUCGGGCGAUAUAGAUGACCUCUUGGGAGAAUUCAAUCGAGCCAGAUCUCGCCGUGUACGUGAGAUAUACCAAGGAUCCAGAAUGGUUGUUAGACUCCAGGCAAGGCAGAACCUGUUCCUUAAACUCCUCGGACGCUACUACCUGCCCUACCGCGGCGAGGUUGCAGCAGACGCGGCGUCAAAGAUAAUCGCACCAGCUGAGCACCUGGACUUUUUACCGCUUGCUACCCGCUCAGCGACGGGAUGGCAUCAAUUCAAGCCAGGUCAGAGUAAAACUCUCCUGAUACCGUUCUUGUAUCCGGUUGUGGCCUUUUCGCUGUGUGUCCUUGCUUGGAUCGGGAACGAUUAUCUCCGGAAUGGAGUUGUGUUUGCUUAA